AAGAAAAAAUAAAAAAUAAAAAAAAAACCCAAGCCAAGCCUUCCAAACACACGAACAUUCCCAAUUCAGCAACAGCUCAUGAAUGAUAAAAAACACCCUCAAAUUCUUCUCUCACCUGAGGAAGAAGAAGAAGAAGAAAGCCUCAAGAAAUCACCCAGACCCUAUUGCUUACCACGGACUCUCGGUUCCGGAUUCCAACUUUGGCACUCUCCUCCAAUUCUACUCUCAUUUGAAGAAAACUUCAAAGUUCCCUGACCCUUUUUCCUUCAACAGGCUUCUCCACAGGCUCACAGCUUGUAACUGUGGCACACUCUCUCUCAAGCUACUCUCUUCCUUCCUCUCCAAAGGGUACACCCCUCAUCCUUCUUCUUUCAAUUCAAGCAUCUCCUUUUUAUGUAAGUUAGGACGUUCUGAUUACGCUGAAAAGCUUGUAAAUUCGAUGCCUUUUUAUGGGUGUCAGCCGGAUAUUGCAACUUAUAAUUCUUUGAUUGAUGGGUAUUUUAAAUGUGGUGAUGUUGUUAAGGCUUGUUUGGUUUUAGAUGAUAUUAGGGUAGGUAAAUGUAAGCCUGAUUUGGUUACUUUCAAUGUGCUGUUUAACGGGUUUUGUAAGAUGGGGAGGAAAAAAGAGGUUUUUGUUUAUAUGGGUUAUAUGUGGAAAUGCUGUUUGCCGAACGUGGUUACAUAUAGUACGUGGAUCGAUAUGUUUUGUAAAUUAGGGGAUUUGAAAAUGGGGUUUAAGGCGUUUAGGGAUAUGAAGAAAGAUAGUGUAUUGUUGAAUUCCAUUGUGUUUACUUGUUUGAUUGAUGGGUGUUGUAAGGUUGGUGAUUUUGAGCUCGCCUUCGAAUUGUAUUGGGAAAUGAAACAGAGUAAGCUUGCACUGAACGUGGUUACUUACACUGCACUCAUUGAUGGUCUUUGCAAGAAGGGAAUGUUGGAAAGGGCUGAGUGCUUGUUUUUGAGAAUGUUGAAAGAUAAAGUUGAGCCAAAUUCUGUUGUUUAUACUUCGAUCAUUGAUGGGCAUUUCAAAAAGAGGAAUGUAAGUGAUGCCCUGAAAUAUUUGGCUAAGAUGUGUGUUCAAGGGAUCAAGUUUGAUAUGGCAUUGUAUGGUGUAAUCGUAUCUGGCCUUUCUAAUUGUGGUAGGUUUGACAAAGCAUCGAAAUUUAUGGAAAAUAUGGUCAAGAGCGGAUUGCUUCCUGAUAAGUUGCUGUUAACCACAAUGAUGGAUGCUCAUUUCAAGGCUGGGAAUGUAAAAGCGGCAUUGGAUGUGUAUGGUGAAUUAUUGGCCCAUGGUUUUGAACCUGAUGUUGUGGUCCUUUCAAGCUUAAUGGAUGGCUUGUGCAAACGUGGCUGUCUGCAUGAAGCUGAAAGUUAUUUUUGCAGAGAAAAGGCUAAUGAAAUAUCUUAUACUGUACUCAUUGAUGGGUUGUCUAAGAAAGGGGAUUUUACUGAGGUUAAUAGGGUUUUUAGGGAGAUGUUGGAGGCAGGGUUCACUCCAGACAAAUAUGUAUAUACUUCUUGGAUUGCCGGGCUUUGUGAGCAAGGAAAUUUGAUAGAGGCCUUUAGACUAAAGAAUAGAAUGGUUCAAGAGGGUUUUCAACCUGAUCUAUUAACUUAUAGCUCCCUCAUUUUUGGUUUAGCAAAUAAAGGUAUGAUGAUUGAAGCAAAGCAAAUAUUUCAGGAUAUGUUAAAAAGAACAAUUACUCCUGAUGCUGCAGUUUAUGAUAUUAUGAUCAGAGGGUAUCUGCAGCAGAAUAAUGAAGCUGCCAUUUCUGAGUUGCUUGAAGAAAUGAGAAAGAGAGGUUUUUCAACUGCAGCAUGCAAAGAAGGUGAAGAAAAUGAAUUUUGAUAGCACAUAAAGCCUUCAAUUUGUGACUUUAAUAUGAGCUUGUGUACCCAUUGUUUGAAAUUAGAAAGAAAACAAAACAAAACCCUUCUACUGGGAUUGCUUAUUGGACAAUUAAUUUUGAGAAGCCUUCAUAGUAAGACUCAAUACCCCAGUUUCAGGGAUUCUGCCAAGUUGAUAUUUAUAACACAUGCAAUUAAGUAAAUAGAAUUCAUUUGGGAUUGCAACUGAAAGGAUAAAUGAAGCCUUGCUGUUUUACAGGACACUGAGGAGCAAAGAAGAGUGAUUAGUCUGAUAUUUGCCAGUGAAUAGGAAACCUUCGGAGUCACCCGAUGUUCUAGUUUUGGGGUUUUGCAGUGAAUCUUGGCUUGCAGAAGGACAUUCCACCAUCUUGUCCUGAUGAUUCAGUGGUGGAGCCAACUGGAGAAGGAACAUAAGAUGCAUGGCUUUGCGAACCAUCAUAUAUGAUGGAAAAAUUGAUUGAUGUGUUCUGAACUCAGAAUUGCAUUAAAUGUUUGCCAGCUUAUAUCUGAUAGGUGAGAACUGCCAACAGACAUACUUCUAUCUGGUGAGCACAUGCUGUUGCUAUGGCUUCCAUGAGCUCUCAAGUGGGUCUUGCUGGAUUUUUUAUUUCUGAAGAGGUCCAUCGCAAUAUCUAUAUUGCCUAGGCACAACAAAAUUCAUUGUACACUUCCAUUUUUUGUUUUCUUAAUUUUUGAGUGGGGGUG